AUGGCUCAGGAUGACAGACAGGCAGGGAUGGCCAACACCACGAGUGAUCCAGAGAUGGACAAAGACAUGGAAGAUCUGACAAAAGGCCUGGAGGAACUCUGUGAGAGCCUCAGAGAGGAGAAGAGUGAGGAGGCUCUGCUACAUUCACGCCUAGAACAGCAGCAUCGCCUUAUCUGCAUACUGAAGAAAAAAGCAGACGACGCAGACAAACGCUGCAGAGACCUGGAGCAGCUCAACGUGGAGCUGGAGAAACUGAGGACAGAGGAAGCUGUGAAAAUAAAAACCCAGAGCCAACAGAUUCAGCAAUUAGAAGGGCGCUUCAUGGACCUGGCCAACAACCAUGAAAAAAUGAUCCAGUUCAAGAACGAACACAAGAAACAGCACAUGCAGCUGCGGGAGGAGAAUAAGCGCCUGCGGCAGGAGAACGACGCGCUCUUCAGCCAGACUCUGAGGGAGAAGGAAGCCGAAGUGCUCCAGCUCACUGCCCAGGCCAGAAAGCUCUCACAAGAGUUAAACUCUUUAGAAGAGAAAUGUGCUUAUGAGAGUCACAGAGCCCUGGAGCGAGAGAAGGAGCUGCUGGAAGCCCAGAGCCAACAAGCAAGUGCCUACACCUGGGAAGUGGAUUCACUGAAAAACCAGCUGCAACACCUACAGGAGAAGCACCAACAAACUGUCGCGCAGGUGGAGAGCGCAGAAAGCGAGCAGAGGGCUCGGGGCAGCGAGCUGCAGGCCAGGCUGGAGAGGGCAAAGGAGGAGAAAGAACAACUACUGAACCUGGCCGUGGAGAGGGGCAAAGCUCUACAAGAUAAGCAAGAGGAAAUUCAGCAGCUGAGGAAGAAGCUGGAGACUGCAGGAAAAGCCAGGCAGAGAGCAGGAAAGCACCUUGUGAAAGAGGCAGCAGCGGUGGACAAUGAUCUGAAGGUCCAAGAGCUCCAACGAGAGCUCGAAAGCAUCAAGGAGGCGUACAACGAACUCUUGCUGCAGUUCGAUGCUUACAAAAAGCACACGACCGAUUUACUGACUAAAGAAAAAGCUCUGAAUGUCAAACUCCGGAAUUUUAUUGCAUAA